CAGAAAUUAUACCUUGACUUAAAAAAAUGGGGUGCUCAACCUCAAAAUCCACUGUGGUAAAGAAGAGCAAGGUGCGGCCGGUCGUUGAGAAGGGGACCGGUGAAUUUACAAACGGACCGACUACACUUACUAUGGAAGACAUCUUCUGGGAACAGAAGAAAAAACUCAUACCAAACUAUGAAAGGAUGAAAGAGAUCGAUAAACAUGCACAACAGGCACCCGAGGAGUUGAAAAAUUCGCCAACGGAGCUUGUUUCCUAUCUGACCCAAAUUGCCCAAUCGAAUUUGGAAAAAUUUCGUGCGCUGUUCAGGUGGGAGGCAGAACAUAUCGAUUAUGAUGUAGAAAGUUACUAUGGCGAUUUGGCAAAAUCAGACUCAUCGCCAGAAGGGGUGUUAAAACAUGGCAGAGCAGUCUGUGCUGGAUAUAGUGAACUAUUCAAGUAUUUAUGUGGUAUUGCAGCUUUGGAGUGUGUGACUAUAUCAGGGGCAUCUAAAGGCGGCGACUACCAGCCUGGAGAUACGAUUCCCAUAAACAACAGCAAGAUUAAAACUGACCAUGCAUGGAAUAAAAUUAAAAUAGAUGGGCAGUGGUACCUCUGUGACUGCACCUGGGCUUCCGGAUCUGUGGGAUAUGACCACAAUCUUGGAAGAAGCAAAUUUACAAGAUGUUGGAACGAAUUAUACUUCCUGAGUGAGCCAGAAAUGUUUGCAGCGCUCCACUUUCCAGUUGACGCAAAUGGAAAUAGUGCACCACACGAGCAGUUACUGAAAAAUCCAAUUGCCGAUAUCAAUAAAUGGUCAAACGAGCCAAAGAAAGAUUGCAGCUACCAUCUAUUUCAAAUGGAGACUGUCAGUCAUGAGCAAGGUUUAAUUGAGACUGACACUAAUGAUGUUCGAAUAAAAAUCAGGUGUAAGCACGACCUGGAAUUCUGGGCCAAUUUAAAUGCAUUGAAUGCUCUGGGUGUCAACCCAAGAAAAGGUUCGUCUCAUUCUGAUCACAUAAUGAUGUUUGUUACUGGGGAUAUUCUAGUCUGUAGAGUGCGCCUGCCUUGUUCUGGUGAAUUUGUGUUGACAAUUAGUGCCAAGCCAGUGACAGCUUCUGAUGAAUUGACCUUGAUAAAAAGUACAGUUAUUACCUACACCCUCCGAAGCAGAGAUGGUAAAACAAGAGAAAUCUUUCCGCCUGGUGUUGCCAAUCAUUUUUGGGGUCCAUCCCCACAGUUUAUCUCCCGAGGGUUCGAAUGUGCAGCAACAGAGCCUAUUAUUACAACCAAGAGUGGAAAAACAGAACUUGUAGUGACACUUCCUGAUUAUCAGACAAACCUAUUGUCGGAAAUUGUGUAUUUUGAUGGCAGCAAAUCUGAAGAAUUGCAUGGUUAUAUUUAUGGGGAGAAAAAUGGAUCUAAAGCUGUAUUUCACUUGGUUCUUCCACACUCAGGUGAAUAUCGUUUCACCGUCUUGGCAAAGUUGAAAGAUGGCAGUGAUAGUUACUGGCACGGCGCACAUUAUCUUAUUCAAAAUGCCCGUCCAGCUGAAACUGAUGAGAAAUAUCCAGAGGAGAAAGGUCUUUGGGGUCCUGGUGAAAUAUUUUACAAGCACGGCCUCCAGGCUAAAGGCUCGUCCACCGUUCUAGCUGAAAAUGGUACAUGCCAGCUCAAAAUAAAAAAAAGCAUAGAUAGUCUGCUUAUUUUCGGCUUAGAGACGAAUGGUUCGAAGAUUCCAAAUAAAGAAACGUACAUAUGUGCUGACGAAUCAAUUGAUGGCACAGACGUCACUUUUAAUGCUAGACUCCCAGAACGUGGCUACUACAAGCUCCAUAUAUUUGUAAAAAGUCGAAACCAAACUGGAUCCUAUGCACAUGCUGGCAGAUGGCUCUUCCAUUGCAUGGCUCCAUGGACUGGCGCACUUUAUCCACAGGCCAAUGGGACAUGGGGAGCGAGUGAGCAUUUUCUUGAGCUAGGUCUACGCUUAACAGAACAUAGGUCUGCAAUUAUUCCAGCUGUCGGCGGAAGAUGCGAGUUGACAAUACAAUCUAAUGAGCCAAUACAGACUACAUGGUACCUGAUUAGAAAUGACUUAAGACUGUCAGAAGAUGAAAAGAAGGCGUGCGUCAAUAUACGCACAGAAGACACCAAAAUGACAUUUGUCAUCAACUUACCUGAAUCUGGAUUCUAUAAGUUCGAACUGUACGGCGAAGUAAAAGGGAAACACUCACUGCCCUAUUUGGGAUGUUGGUUACUCGACAGCAUCAAGUAG